AAUCCAGGGCAAAGAAAACUAUUAUCCGCCGUAGAAGCGUUCUAAAAUCUUAUUGGUUACGUUCCCGCGUACGUCAAGAAACCAGGAAGUAAGGUGUUUCUGUGAUGUGGAGAAAAUGCUCGGGGAUCUGUUAAUAUUCGGGACGCUGCUGGUGAAUGCAGGAGCUGUGCUGAAUUUCAAGCUAAAGAGGAAGGAGUCCCAUGGAUUUGCAGAUGAGUCCGGAGCUCCAACAACAGGAGAAAACGUCAGAGAGUUCCUCCUCAGCCUGCGGUACUUCCGGAUCUUCAUCGCUCUCUGGAACGUCUUCAUGAUGUUUUGCAUGAUUCUACUCUUUGGAUCGUGAUCGGCUGAAUUAAACGUUUCAGACAGAUGCUACAAACUUCUCCAUGGCUGGACACUUAGCCCCUUUUGCCCUUUUAAAAUCGCAAUAAUGUUUAAAUUCCCCAAAAUGUUACUGUAUUUCAGGCUCAGUCAGAUAACCUGAAUCAUAUUUAUUUUCUUUCAAACGAUGUAAAUUAAAAAAAAUUUUUUUAGCUUCAGCUGUAAAGUUAUCUGUGUACUUCAGAUUAAAAAUGAACAUAAAAAUUGUCACCAUUAUUAGGAUUGUCACUUCUUGUUUAUAUUUCACAGACAUGACACAUUCCUAGUUUUAUUUAUCAGAUAUUCUGUGAAAAGUAUUAAAUUUAAACAUUUUUCUUUAAAAUCAGCUCAUGUGACUUGUAAGGAAAAAAUGCUGUAUAUACACUAUAUUGUAAAGGUCCUUAUGUUUAAUAAAAAUAACUAUUCCUACUGUUUUCAGAUGUUAUUUGACUUUAAAUGUAUUUAAAAAGUCAAUUGAUCAUUUUGUUGCUUUGGUCUAUAAAGGGAAACAAUAUCCAAAACUUUGUAUAAACCAGAUUUUAGUUAAAUUUGUUUUAACCACAUGCAAAAUAUCACUUGUUUUCUUUCUUUUUUUUAAAUAGAACUGAAAACAAGCAAGAGGGGUAAUAAACUAUGGUUUAUGA